GCAGGCUCACUGUUUCAAGUUCGCUCAAGUACACCCGAGCUCUCACAUCAAAGGAUCCUGCUUGUAACGAUUGGUGGGACUGCAGCUCUGGUACUCCUGGCAACAAUGUGGGUGUUUCCUGUUCCAUUUACGAUACUACUCAAUAGUUUCCUGGCUUCGGCAGUGUUUGUGGUACUUUUUGUGGUAUCUGUCAAGAAAAAUGCAUCGACCAUUGAUCAAAUAGUCGAGGGCUCGCUCAAACAAAAGCUGUAUCUGAUCAUUGCCCAAGUACUGAUUGCCACGAUUUACAUCGUCUUUAGCUUGGUUUUUACCAAUUGCGCUUCUCAACAACGUUUUGAGCUCCUUCUUGCUUUACCAGUGAUAAAACUCAGUCUCAAGCACGUGGUCGUUCGGCUUGUACAAGCUAACGAGGAGUCUAUCCCCGCCGUGAUUGCUUUCACGGUGGAUGUGUUUAACGGAUUGUAUAGUUCAAUUUGUAUCCAGUCUUCUGGGUCCUGGUUGGCGUCCCUGGUGAUCAUAAUAGUGAACUUUGGCUUCACGGUGUUA